AUGGAGGAAAAGAGAAGCAUAAUAUGGUUUAAUACUCUUGCUUUCCCUGGUAGUUUUUGCCUUGUAACCAAACCAAAUGGUUCUCUCGUGAUGGAAAUCAUUCUUGAGGUUUCUCAUGUUGUUAUUACUCAUCGUGAUAGACGCUUGCAACGUGCAUGCUCAAGCCUAGUUGAUGAAGAUUGGUCGUAUGACACAAAGACAAUCAAUAGAGACGAUCAAUGGCAGCAAGCUACAAAGCAACCAUCCUUGGUCUUGUCUGGCAGAAGUUGCUUUAGUGCAUUAUCACAAGGAACAGGUUGCCUCAUUUUUUGUUUAAUAAAUUUAAGUGAUCUCUAUCUACUCAUGUGCUCUAGUUAUUUAUUUACUUUCUCCUCUAGUGGCAUUGAGUUUCACCUUCUGAAAAUGGUUAAAGAAAAUGGUAAAUUCAUUCCACCGAUUUCAAGCUUAGAGCCAGGAGCAUAUCAUCACAUCUUCUUCAAGGCUGUUUCUGAAAAUGUUGAAUGUGCUGCCGACUUGUUUCCGCAAUUGUUUUUCGCUGAGAUUUUUUACUCUGGUGUGAAACUUCAUCCCACUCAUUGUUUUGUCAUUAAACCUAAUGAUGAUCCUGGUAAUGCUUCUAAUAUCCUUCUCUGCUUUUUAAUUCAUAAUACAAUAUCAUCGUGUUAUGAAUAUAUGGCGCAUACAUAUUGUCUUACCUAUCGGACUACCAGAGUUAGGGUGAAUUCACAUUUUUGUAUUUGUACUUUUGCAAUCAAAAAAAGAAAACUUGGUUGUGGCAUAUGUCCUGAUGAUGAAGAGUUUCCACACCCAAGUACUGGAUUUAUUGCUGGCCAUUUUCCAUACGUUGAAACCUUCAAGAAGCCUAGGUUCACCCCUAUCAAGCUCACGUGGCAGGCUUGGGAGAGGAAGAUCUCUGGGAAUGUGUUCCUUGAUAGCCCAACCAAAGUCACCAUGAGAAAGGCCAACUCAACUACACCUUUCCUCUCCUUUCGCGGCCUUCUCCUUCUUUCUUAG